CAAAGAAGCAAACACUCUGCACUGCACGUCUCUCUCUCUCUCUCUCUCUCCUCAUCCAAAGGCGAACCAUGCAGGCGUGCGUUGAUGGCGGCAAUGUAGCUGCUGCCGUUCAGGUAGCUGAGCGGUGCAAGGAGACGGCGCAGGCAGGGCACAAGAACGAUGGGGAGAAGGAGAAGGAUGCGCAACAACAACCAAACAUGCCCCAACGCCAACAUCAUCAUCAUCAUCAUCACUUGCGUUUCCAAGCCCCGCAUCACAUCUUCAUCGCCCAAGAAGGGCGGAGGCAGGCUGCGAGGCGACGAGGAAGGCCAGGCCACCCAGCCAUGCUGGCAUCGUUGGUGGAAACGCCAUCGCAAGCGCGCAAGCAGCGCAUCUCCAUCCUGAAGUGCAUGGCAGUUGCGAUGCAAGACAACACAAGGACGUGGCAGGAUGCCCUUCAAGCGUUCUACGCUCAACAGCCACCCUCGAGAGGCCGAUGGCACUCGCAGCACGCGUGUUGCAGAGCUGUGGCAGCCGAUAUCAACAGCGAGCGCCAUGGAAAUGACCGCCACAACCACAGCCAUUGCAACCUUUCGUGCCGCGCGUGCGCCACUUUGCUGAUGACUGCGGAGCCAGCUCAGUUCCUGUCCCUACUUGACGCAGUUGUCAGGGCUAACAACAUCGACGACGACGGCGAUGAUGUUGACGAAAGCAGUGGCGAUGGUGAUGUGGACAACGCAGCCAAGCACACCACCACAAUUGGUGGUGCUAAUUGUGGCUCUUGUUCUUCAUCUGACGAUGACGAUGAUGACGACGACGACGACGAGUUUGAGGAUUUGGACCAGAUGUUGCAGGCAAUGGAGGUGCUCAUGUCCGUGCCAUGCACGUCUGGCAACGAGGACGCUGACACGCAUGAUGAUGUGCAGGGACAGGGGCUAACAUUGCAACAGCAGCGCAGCACUUGUAAUGAAGAUGAUGGUGACGAUGGCAAUUCUGGUGUUGAUGGUGAUGGCGGUGGUGAUUGCAGUGGGUCAGUGUCACCACGGCCACCACCACCACCGCCAUUGUUGCAACACAUGCUGGACAUGGGUGGGGGCGUGUUGCACCCCAAGACAACGUGGCUUGUCCUUCGGGCCUGUGUGAACCAAGCAUGGUUCCUGCCGCUCCACAGCGCCCGCCAACGCCACCACCUUCAACACGUGCUCGAUGCACUUCCUCGUCUUCUCUUCAAUCACUCACUGGCCACAUCCCUCAUUGUGAAGGAGCUGCUUGGGUUCUGUGAUCCUGAGCUGAGCCAUGCCAUAUCCACAACAACACGACUUGUCCUCGUUCUCGACCUUGACGUGCUUGAUGUUUGGUCUCACUUCCUCCUCUCCACUUUGGAAUGAAUAAACUACAAGCUGAAC